AUGGCGGCGGCUAAUCCCGUCCGUUUGGCCAACGACUCCGUCGUCCCUUACAACAAUCACGGCGUUCAUCAGGACAUUGUGAAUGGCGAAAAUGCGGAUUACGGAUUAUUCAACUUUAUCCUGUCACUGGACGAAGGCUAUUCUCAGAUCUGCGGCGCCACGCUAGUCAGUUCCACCAGAGCCAUUACUGCGGCGCAUUGUUUAAAAGAAGGUGAAUCUUACUCAGUCGAGGCUGGUCAGCUCAACUUCAAUCGCAACAGCGGACAUGAAUUGUCAAGAGUGGUGAAAGAAUUCAUUAUGCAUCCUUAUUAUGAUCCGGACGAUAACUGGAGAAACGACAUUGCAAUCUUGAAGUUUGACCCCAUCCCAUCCGGUCAAUACAUCGAGCCGAUUCCCAUGAUCACGGACCCCAACGAAGACCUGACAACAAUGAAAUGUUGGACAGCUGGCUGGGGGAAAACAUCCGGAGGCGGUGAUGGCUCGGAUGUGUUGCAGUAUUCAGAAGUAAUUGUGAUGACAAACAGCGAGUGUGAGAAUCAUUGGGAUGACAUUUUCUCCACACAAGUGUGUGUGCAAAAUUUCCAGUAUGACGUGUCAGUGUGUGGGGGUGACAGCGGUGGCCCUUUGACCUGCGAAACAGCCAAUGGCGAGAAACUGGCGGGUGUGACGUCAUGGGCCCAUGAGGACUGCGAGGGAUCGAGCCCAAGUGUGUUUACCAGGGUCUCGGAGUACAAAGACUGGAUUGCCCAAAACCUUUAA